AUCAACAUGGCGUCCCCCGGUGUCCCCAGCUGGAAGCGGAAAGUUGAGUUGUUGCAGCAGAGACAUGAGAAGCUGGCGGCGGGAGCCCGGGAAGAUACGUUUCUGUUGAAGGCUUUGGCAACAUUACAAAAACUGACAGAACUCUUCUCGAAUGAAACUGCUAACUUUGAUAUUUCAUCAUACCUACAGCUUUACAGCCAGGCUAUUUUAGACAUUACGUUUUUUGAAGAAAACCGACUGGUAGAUGAAGAUUUCCUCCGUGAUGAAUCUUUAGAUGAAGUCAAACAACUUAUUGAUCUACUUUCGGAUCCAGAGCGCUUAGUUGAAGAAGUGAAUCAGCACCAAGAGGGCUCAGAUGUUACACUUGAAGUAGACGUGCUUGAAUGCCUGCACUGGCGGAGAGGAGCCCUUCUGUACAUGUUUUGUCAUACGGUCGGAGAAAGAGAAUGUUGGAUUCUUCAAAAUAAGAAGACGUUCCAACAGUGCCUUCAAGAUGGCGUUUUCCACUUGCUGCGGAUGCUGAGGACACGGAACCCUUUGGUGAUAAAUCAUGAGGUUUCAUUUCACGAUCUGAGCACUGCAAACCUGCUUAGUAACGGGAUUUUCAGUGACAUUCAUCUUCUGGCGUUGAUGUAUUGUGGAGAGAUGUGCUAUUGGGCACUAAAAUAUUGCAGUGAUGGACAGUCUUCAAAUUCAAAUACUGGGUGUGAAUCUGAGCCCCGGGAUCAAUCUCAGGAUAGAUUAAUACCAUUUCAGAAAGUUGGGGAGGACACUUUGGAAAAGUAUGUUUCUGUGUGUGAAGGACCUCUCGGUGGCCAAGGCUGGAACACGGACAAAGCAAAGGAUAUCUUAAAGUUCCUCAAGGAAGACAGUCUUUAACUAUUAUCCCGCAUC